CAUAUCUAUUCUCUCUCUUCCUGCUUUUCAUCCCGAUCCUUCUUCUCACCUGGGCACCGCAGCCGAAGAAAGAAAGAAAGAUGGGGAAAGCCCAAUCCUUCAAGCAACAAUUCACUCCCGGUUCCUUCUUUCUCUCUAUUCAUCUUUCUUUCUUUUUUUUUUUCUCUCGUUGUUAAUCGUUAUUCCCCAUUCCCUAAUUAAUUAAACACUCCGUAAUUAAUUACAGAGAAAAGACUCCAAGAAUCGCAAGACAUGAUUGCCAAAUAUCCUGAUCGUUUGCCUGUGGUUGUGGAAAGAUAUUCAAAAACUGAUCUCCCCGAGAUGGAGAAAAAGAAAUACCUGGUACCACGAGACAUGCCUGUCGGGCAGUUCAUCCAUAUCUUGGGUGCUCGGCUUCAUCUGCCUCCUGGCAAGGCUCUGUUUAUAUUUGUUGAGAACACCUUGCCACAAACAUCUGCCUUAAUGGAGUCCGUCUAUGAAUCGUUUAAAGAUGAAGAUGGGUUCUUGUACAUGUGUUACAGUAGCGAGAAAACCUUCGGCCAUGAAUCAAGUCGACCACGUUAACAUUCUGUACAUUCAUUUGAUGAUACAAUGUGUGCAAAAUAGUUCAUGAACCUUAUUUGGUGAUGUGUAGAAAUAAAAACCAUAUGAUAAUUGUGGAGAUGUCCACAUUUACAUUCUGUACAUUCUUUUGCGCCCAUAAUGGCAAACUUUUAUUUCAAAAAAAAAAAUUACUCCGUAA